CUUCCUGUUCUCUCCGACUCUCCUCCGUCUCUCCGUCUGUCUGUCUGUGGAUCUCUGAGUGACAGCCAUCAUGUUCGUUGCUCCACCUGGCUAUCAGCCCGUCUACAACCCUAGUAUCCCCUAUGUGGGGCCGAUCUACGGCGGGCUGAGAUCAGGGAUGUCUGUUUACAUCCAGGGAGUCAUCCCUCACGAGAUCACCAGGUUCAACAUGAACUUGCAGUGUGGAGAAUCUGAGGGCAGUGAUAUCGGCUUUCACUUCAGCCCUCGCUUCGACAACUGGGACAAGGUGGUGUUCAACAGCUGCCAGGAAGGGGAAUGGGGUUCCGAGGAGGAGAUCCACAACAUGCCUUUUAGCAAGGGAGACGCCUUCGAGAUGGUUAUCAUCAUUAACCAGGAGGGUUACCAGGUGACAGUGAACGGACAAGACCUUCAUACGUUCAACUACCGUAUUCCAGUCGAGAGAGUCAACGCCCUGCAGAUCGACGGCGACGCUUCCAUCCAGACCGUCAACGUCAUCGGGGGAGGAAAUCCUGCAGGUGAUCAAAUUGGGGGAAACCUACCGGUCAUGGAUGGACAGCCAAUAUUCAAACCUCCUGUCCCGUACACCAUCUUGAUUCCAGGAGGGAUGUCUACGAAGAAGACCAUCGUCAUCAGAGGCAUGGUGCCUCUAGGAGCGAACAGGUUCUCGAUUAACUUCAAAGUGGGCAGCUCAGGGGACAUAGCGUUCCACCUAAACCCUCGUGUGCAGGAGAGAGAGCUGGUGAGAAACAGUUUUAUUGGUGGGAGCUGGGAGACGGAGGAGAGAGAGAUCACCAUCAACCCCUUCCUGGAGGGACAGUACUUUGAUAUGUCUAUCCGUUGUGGGAACCAGCGGUUCAAGGUGUUUGUGAACGGGCAGCACAUGUGUGACUUCUUCCAUCGCUUCCAGAACUACAACCAGAUAGACACGGUGGAGCUGGAGGGAGAUGUACAGAUCUCAUACGUACACUUCUGAGAUAAUACACACACACACACACACACACACACACACACACACACACACACACACACACACACACACACACACACACACACACACACACACACACACACACACACACACACACACACACACACACACACACACACACACACACAAUGAUUCAACAUUGUACUUCUUACUACUUCCGCUAUUAGAUGUUAAUUACAUCCUAAGACAGAAAAUCAAAGUAAUUAAACUAUGUGAAUAAAAUCCAUACUAAAAGA